AUGACGUCUACGCACUCGUCCGGCAGCGGCGGAUCAUUGCCGAAGGGGGAGUCGAACCAGCAGCAGCAGCAGCCGCCGCUGUCGCAGCCACCGUCGCAGCUGCACCCGCCGCUGGAGGCCCAGCCACCGGCCCCUCCAACGUCGGCCGCCACAAUGGCCGAUCCCCCAGUCUUCAGCCCGAAGCCCAACAUACCGGACCCGGGCCCGGCCCCCGGCCCCGGCGCCAGCCCGUUGACCGAUCCGCCGGUGGCCACAGGCAAGCAGACGCCGCGCCUGUCGGCCGCAUCUGCAUCUGCACCUAUGGCGCGCCCUGGGCCUGGCACGGUCCCCUGUGCCGCCGCUCUUGGCGACAUCCCAGAUGUCGGUCCCCUGGCUGCCUCCAGUGUAGCCACCACCACCACCACCACACGUCCCAAGUCCAAGAGCAAAACCAAAAACCGGCGGAAUCGCUCGACCAUGGCUGACGCCCGCGGGCAUCUGCCCGAAUCCGUUGACGAUGGGUCGCCUCUGCUCCUGGGCGGCGGCGGCGGCGGCGGCGGCGGCGGGGGUUUGCCAACGGCCGGUGGUCCCUCGGCGUCCUCGGUCCCGGCCCUGGUGUCAACCAUGUCCACCGUGGCCCCCACCGGCGGCACUUCCACACCGUCGGGCCCUGUCGCAGCUCCGAUGCGUUCCUCGCGCCACGCCGCCGAUUCCUUUGCCGGGGACAUGGCCACGGCGGCCUCCCCCUCGCCGCAGCUCAUGACGCGGGCUCGGUCCGGGUCCAUCCAGCAUGGGGUCUCCGCCCAUUCGCUCGGGCCGGACACCGCCAGUCCAAUCGUGUCGGGCAGUGCUUUGGCCACCGGCGCCGGGGCCUCUGCCUCGGCUUCAGCCUCACACCACUCCGCCUCGCACCAUGGGCACCAUUCGCACCACGCGCACCAUGGGCACCAUUCGCAUCAUUCGCACCACGCGCACCACGCGCACCAUUCGCACCACUCGCACCACUCGACCGGGGCAUCGAACCUGCCGAUCGAGCGCGGCUCGGCCACGCUGCAUUCUUCGCGGGCCAGUCAGGCCUCCGUGUCCGGGUCGGCCCCCGUCCCGGCGCACCAUCCGGCCCAGGCAUCCGCCGGCUCCGGACAGACCACUUCGGCCAGUCGGACCGCGAACUUCGUCUCGGCACGGGCUGCCCCGCACCACCAGCAUUCGCAGCAUCACGCCCCACCCACUGUCCGCGCCUUCGUCCUCGCCCUCUCCCGCGGCGGUGGUAUCCUCGUCUUCGCCCCUGAUCGCGACUUCGGUGGGUUCCCCAUCGUCUUCCGCCGCGUCCUCCGCUGCGUCAGCAUCUGCAUCUGCGUCCGCAUCUGCGUCCGCAUCUGCGUCCGCUUCCACGCUCAGCACCAUCCUCAGAAUCAGGCCCAGAGCGGCCAUGGCCACACGCAUCACCAACAGCAGCAGCAGCAGCAGCAGCAGCAGCAGCAACAACAGCAGCAGCAGCAGCAGCAGCAGCAGCAGCAGCAGCAGCAGCAACACCACCACCAACAGGCUUCCUCACACCAGCACAUGACGGCCCAGCAGCAGCAGCAGCACGAGUCGAUGAUGCACUUUUGGAAGCUCCUUGAUGAGCAUGCUCCUCUGAUGGACCAGCUGCUGGACCGGCUGGUGAUUUACCUGUCUCCGAGCGAGGAUGAGGUCUUCAUCCGGAGGCACAUCUCGGGUCUGGUUUCGGACCUGGUGGAUAAGCACCUCCCGGACUUUGCGAUCGACCUCUACGGGAGUUUACGCACCGGGCUUCUGUUGCCGAAGUCUGACAUCGAUCUGGUUCUGGUGUCGCGAGGAUUGUUGGCCAGCCGGACUGCCUCGGCCGCUGCGGCUGCCGCUGCGCUGCAGGGAGACCCCGUCCCCUCGGCCGAUGAUGAGCCGGCCUCGCCCAACACCGAAGCCGGGCAUCUGGUCCCCUCGAACUUGUCCAUGGAGCCCCCGUCACUGGAUCACCUCCGCACGCUGUUUCUUGCUCUUUGCCAUACGGACUGGGCGCUGGACGUCCGCCUUCUGGACGGAGCGUCGGUGCCGAUUGUCAAGUUCCGCCAUGGCCCAUCCGGUGUGGCCGUGGACAUUGGCAGCAACUAUGCCGACGCCGAGCUGAGUGCCCAGUUCACGGAGGCCCAAUUGACGGAGUUCCCGAUCCUCCGCCCACUGAUGGUCAUCCUGAAGUACAUCCUGGCCGCGCGGUCGCUCAACGACACGUACUAUGGCGGCAUGGGGUCCUUCGUCCUCCUGUGCAUGGUGGUCAGUUUCCUGCAGUAUUCGGCCAAAAAUGCCCACUAUGGCAACCCGUAUGAGCAGCAGCCAGUGCUGACAGCGGAGGCGCCGGAAGCCAGCCCCCGCGUGACAGGGGCCGGCUCGGCUGGCAGCGGCGGCGGCGGCGGCGGCGGCCGUGGUGGCACAGCUGCCCAGCGACGUGCCGAGGCGGCGGCGGCGGCGGCGGCCGCGGCUGCGGCUGCUUCGAGCCCCGCCACCGCUGCCGAAGGAAAGUCCUCGGCCGCCGGCACGCCGAUGGUCGACCCGGCGGCCGAGCAUCCGGAGGAGCACCGCUCGGCGGCCGGAGUGGCGAAUCACCACCCGGAGCAUGUGGCUGCCGGUGCUGAUCAGGCCGGAUCGCCGGGGCCUGGUGCCGGGUCGCGGCGACGCGCUUCGGCCCCGAAUGCCGGGGAUUUCCCGUCGCCCUCGGCCACCGGGGCGAGUGCGUCGCCGGGCGCCGUCACGACCGGGGCCCCGGGCUCCGCGUCGGCGGGUGGUGGCAGCCACCUGGCGGCCGGAUCCAUGCGUUCGACCUUCCGCCGGGCGACGGCCGAUGCCGCAGCGGCGGCGGCGGCCGCGGCCGCGGCCGUGGGCACUCUUGGUGCCUCGUCAUCGGAUGCGGCUGGUGCUCCGUCGGAUGAUGAUGCUCUUGGUCGCGGAGGCGUCGCCGGCCGUCUGGCGGCUGAUGGCAUGCCAGGGGGUGUGUCGCAAUCGCGCCGGGGCUCUGGCCGGACGCGUGGGGCAGGUGCUGCGGCCGUCGCCACGGCCGCUCCUCCGGCGGGGGAUGCGGUGAUGCGCGGCGCACGCGGUGCCAGUCGCGGCUCAUCGCCGGUCGCCGGGCGUGUCAGCGGUGCCGGGGGGGCCACCCCCGACAUUUCGGCCCACUCGGGUGGCGGCCCUUCGCCCGGGAUUCUGAGUUACGCUCAUGCGGCCCAGUUGCGGUCGGUGUCGACCGCAGGUGCGGCCGGCCCCGGGCCCGGGGCCGGUCAUUCGGCAUCACGGUCGGCGGCCGGGGCCGGCAGCUCGGUGAGCGGGUCUUCCAGUGCCGGCUCCUCGCCGGGGCUUGGUCGUGGCGUUGGUGGCCCGGCCGGUGGCCACCCCGCCCGUGCCGGGCGGAAUGGGCCCAGCUCAGCUGGCAGCCCGGUGGCCGUGGCGGCCCCAUCAUCGAGUGGCCCUUCGCCGCCCCCGGCUGCCGUGGGUCCCGCUGGAGGGCCUUCCACCGGCGCGGCAGCCGACACCAGCUCGACCGGCACCGGCACCGGCACCGGCACCGGCACCGGCACGACCAGCACUGCCACCUCGACGCUCAUCAACUCCUUCUCCAUGUCCUUGCCUGGUGAGACCGCCGGUUCGCCGGACUGGCUCGCCACCCCUGAGUCGACCCCCGGUUGCUCGUCCGAAUCGGACUUCAGCCCGGAGCACUCCUCUGCCGAUGAAGCCUCGGACACCGAGGCCCCCUUUGGCGGUAACUCCCUGGGCCCGGUGCCUGGUCCCGUUUCGUCCUUGUCCCCCCCUAUCCCCGCUUCGGAGUCUGGCUCUGAUGUCUUGGCCGCCGAGUCGGCCUCCCUGUCUGAUGGCUCGGCGUCCGAGCCGGCCCCCUCCGAUGGGCCAGUUGCCAUUGGGCAGUCUGUCUCGUCGGAGGGGCUGGCUCCGGAGCGGGCGGCCUCCCCCGACGGCUCGGCCGCCGAGCCGCCACCUCCCGAGGCGGUGCCCGAGUCUACCGCGCAGUCUGCCGCGGCCGCGGCCACGGCCACGGCCACCGGUGCUGGCGGUCAGCAAUCUGCCCCUGCCGCCCCCUCCACGGCCUCCACUUCCGGUCAGCAGCAGGGCGGUAGCCCGUCGAUGGCGGAUGUUCCCCUGUCGCCGAGCUCGCUGUCGCCCCAUUCGUCUCCGGCCCCGGCGCCGAAGAGCCUGCUGCGUACCUUGCUGGGGUUCCUGCACUUCUUUGGCUGGAACUUCGAUUACAACAACUAUGGCAUUUCGGUGCGCUUCGGGGGGGACUUCUUCCUGAAGUCCUCGCGCACCGAUUGGUCCGUGGAUCCGGCCCGGCCCUUCCUCCUGAGUUUGGAGAAUCCGCUGCAUCCGCGGGUGGACAGUGGUCGAAAUGCCACCUGCAUUGCCCUGGUGCAUGGGGCCUUCCGGAUUGCCUUCGCCGCAUUGGCCACUUGCCUGCACCGGGUGGAUGCCCUGUCUCGGACCGGGACCGUGGACAUCCUCCGGGAGUUGGAACGCACGCCUGCCCUGCCGGGCGUGGAUCCGCUUCUCUUCCCGGAUGAUGAAGUCUUGAUGGCGGCCGCCCGGACGGCCAUGACCACGGGCCCGGUGUCGACGGUGCACUUGGCGGCGCCGACCAGCGAGGUGGAGGCGGCCGUGUCGGCCGGCGCGCACCUCGCCCAGUCGUCCCUUCUCUGUCCAUUUGUGUGCGCCGAUAACACCAUGUACCCGAAGAAGACCACCGGCGGGGGUGGUGGAUCCAAUGCCAGUGCGGCGGCCGCGGCGGCCGCGGCGGCGGCCGCUGCCAUCCCCGUGUCCGACAUCGAUCGAUACCGGUAUGAGUUGCGCCGGCAGCGGGAGCAGAUUGUCCGGAUCUCGGCCAUCGCCCGGGGCAAGGCCCCGGCCCCGGCGGCCGAGGCACGUCCGGUCGUGGAGAUCACCCCGCCGCCACCGGCUCAGGGGGCGUCCGCGCCGAAGCCCUCCUCCUCGCCGAACAUUCGGGUCAUCCAGCCGGCGGCUUCGGCUCCGGCUCCGGCUCCGGCUCCGGCUCCGGCUCCAGUGCCGGAUCCUGCCGGUACGGUCACUGCCGAGCCGGUGUCCGAUGUCCCGGGGCCCGGGGCCCAGCCCCCUGCCGCCACCGGGGACAGCUCCAGCCCGAGCUCUCCUUCGCUGACCCCCUAUGCGUCGGCCAUUUCCUCGGCCUCCUCGUCGCCAGUCAGCAAGGCGGCCCCCGGUGUGGAGGCCGAUGACGACAGCGAUGAUGUGGGCUACGACGACUGCGAUGACGGCGGCGGCCUCCUCUCGAUGGCUGUCGAGCCCGAGGUUGACUAG